AUGUCGAGCCAUUCAUUGAUCGACUCCGUCAUCGACGAUGACGAUGAGUUCUGCCCCCUUUGCAUUGAAGAGUUCGAUCUUUCCGAUAAGAACUUUAAGCCAUGCCCUUGUGGGUACCAGAUUUGCCAAUUCUGCUACAACAACAUCAAAACCCACAGCGAAGAGGGUCGAUGCCCCAACUGUCGACGCGGAUAUGACGAAAGUACUAUCCAGUACAAGAUUCCCGACGCCGAGGAGUUCAAGGCAGAUUUGGCGCUAAAGCAUCGCAAGGCAGCUGCAGCAAAGAAGAAAGAAGCCGAAAAACGCGAAAUCGAAGCUUCCAGUCGCAAGAAUUUAGCCGGUGUCCGUGUUGUCCAAAAGAACUUGGUCUACGUUAUCGGUCUCAAUCCUACGAUCCGAGACGAGAAUCAGCUUCUCCAAACGCUUCGUGGGCGCGAAUACUUUGGUCAAUAUGGCGAAAUCGAAAAGAUUGUGGUCAGCAAGGCGAAGCCCGGCGGCAACCCGAACCAGGGCAUUGGUGUCUAUGUGACUUUCUCUCGCAAAACCGAUGCUGCGACAUGCAUUAAUGCCGUGGAUGGAUCCGGAAAUGGCGAUCGAGUGCUCAGAGCGCAAUACGGCACGACCAAAUACUGUUCGUCUUUCCUUCGAAACGAACAGUGCAACAACCGGAACUGCACUUUCUUGCACGAGACCGGCGAGGACAGUGACAGCUACAGUCGCCAGGAUCUUUCCUCUAUGAACACCAUCUCUACUCAACGCCAAAACCUUCCUCCUACCCCCUCGAGCGUUCCUGCACAUGUGAGAUCCGCUCAACCUAUCUCUCAUCCGAUGCGCAGACAACCAAGCAAGGAUGACUCAGUCAGUGGUCGCUCGGGCGUCCCAGAUGGCCCGGCUCUACCAUCAUCUGCUAGUUGGGCCAAUAAGGAUGUUGCAAUUCACCGGACCAGGAGGACUAGUCUCACGGGCAGUCAAGCAUCUAACAGCCCGCGGCCUUCAAACGUUAAUAUUGCAACCCCAAUCGAAGAGACAAAGCGAUCCGAGAAGCCAUCUCCAAUUUCUCAGGAACCUCAGCAACCAACUUUACCAACCGAUCCCCAAUCCCCUGCCGCGGAGCCACGUCCACGUGGAACCAACAAGCCUCCAAAGCAACCAACACCAUUUGAUAAUUUGUUGAAGGAUAUUACAUCCCCGCACUUCAGAUUCUCAUUCUCUACAGCCGAAAUGUCCGAAGAAGAGGUCAAGAUGAUCGAGAACUAUCCGUCUUUUAUCGAUCCGUACGGUGGCGUCAAGCGCAGAGCUAUGCGUGAGAAGGUCGAACAGGAGCGUCUUAACCGGGAGCAAGAGCUGCUCCAAUCUGUUGCGGCUGAGGAGGACAGUCGUGAAGCUGGCAGCCUUCAGCUUGGCGGUGAACCGGAGGAUGCCAACCCCCCGCGUGGCCGCCAGACCCGAGAGUCACAUGGUGCUAUUCAACCACCUUCGCAACAGGGCACCGCAGACAACUCGACCGUCGGAUCUCCUGUAUCUGCGUCCAGCCACCAAUUCCAAGGCCUGAACCUUGCUGGGCGAAGCCUAACACCCCUCCAGCAACAGCAAUUGAUGUUACUUAAAUCCGCUGGCAACCAACAAGCCGGUUUGGCCGACCCUUUGAGCUCCGCUGCUCUGGAUCAAGCUGCUCAAGUCCGCCAGGGACUUCUGCAGAACCAGAUGGCCCAAUUCAAUGCGCUGCAGGCAGCACAGAACCGACAGUCUUCCCGAUUCUCCUUCAAUGAAGCCGGCUCGAAGAACAUUCCCAAUGCACGCAUGUUGAGCCAGAUGCAGUCCGCAAGCCCCAACCCGCUGUCGGCCCCGAGCCCUCAACACAGCCUAGCGAGCGGUUUCUAUGCGAGUGGUGUCCAGGGUCCUCCUCCCGGGUUGAAGACGGCCGGUACCCCUCCCAUCAGCGGCGGUGGAAUGUUUGCCCAAGGUCACGGUUUCACCUCAGGGCUUGGGUCCAAUGUCGGCAAGCAAGAUGCAACUCCGGAGUUGAUGCGCGAGUUACUGCGCGGACGAACUGGUACAAAUGUCGGUGGUUUACAGGGCCAGGAGGCAGCUAAGCGUGAGUUCAUGAUUCCUUUCCUUCAACAGCACAAUACCCCACCUCCCAUGACUCCCACCAAUGGCCUUCUCGGCUCGUUCUAUGGGUCCCAGCCAGGCAUGCCUGAAUCUGGUAACCCACAGAAGCAGAAGAAAAAGGGAAAGAAGCACAGACACGCUAACACUUCCUCCGGUGGAGGUGGUGUAGUAGAUCUUGCGGACCCGAGCAUUUUGCAAGCGAGAAUGCAUCAGGUCGGUGCGAAUGCUACAGCCGGGCAAGCGUUAUACGGGAGUCAAGGUCAAGUCAAUGAGGAUUUUCCCCCACUCGGCGAACAAUCCAAAGAUCGUCGACCCGUUGACAGUUUUGGCUUUCUGAAAUCUCAGUUGCCCAACGAGUCUACCGCUAGAGCUGGAACCCCGACUCUACCCCCAGGCUUGCCGUUGCCCCACGCUCACCCCUCGACUUCUGCUUUUCAGGAACAGCUUAGUUCCUCAAAGCCGUCCUCACCUGCUCCAAUACUGCCGCCUGGCCUAGGUGCUAGCAUCUCACGACUCGGUACACCGAAUCAAGACCGCGAUGAAAACCGUUCCCAGCGGUUGAGUCCAGAACUCACUGUGGGAGGCCCGUUGACAUCUAGCCGUGUGAAGGAUGCGUCCCAGAUUUCCUUUGGGUCGCCAGUACAGAAGCCCGCAAGCAAGGCUCGUGCCCAGCGCAAGAUUGAUUUGGCUGCUGCUGCUGCUGAUGCCAAAGAUUCGGCUAUCAAAGCCCCAAACGAGUCGGAGCCAAGUUCUGCAGCCACGAAAGGCAGCCCCCUUGGUUUCAGCACACCAUUAUCCGCCACUACCAAGUAUGAACAAGUUCCUGCUCCUGGUUCUGUUUCUGCAAUCGGGUCGCGGCCUCACACACCUCAGACGAUCGCAUCUCGGAUGUCUGAUUCUCCUGCCCCCCGCCAGCCCCGUAUUCUGCGUGUGGUGGAAUCAACAAAAACCGAAGCACCCCCUCCGGUUCUCGAUUCUCCCUCCGUGACUACUUCUGUCAUCGGGGGAAGCAAGUCACGCUCUCGGCGCCAGAGCCUUUCAUCUAACAGCCGACCUGACACUCCUGCUGAUCACAGUUGGGAAGUCGAUUACUAUCCCUCCACCUCUGCUUCCCGCGCGAAUUCUCCUCCUGCGUCCUCCCGCAUCGGCUCUGCCCCAGUUGAAGCCGCACCUGCACCCGAAGAACCUGUCCAAGCUCCUAUUAUGGGGCGAAAGCGCAAGACCAAGAAGGAACCGAAAACUACUGUGGACACAACUGAUAGUACUGCUGCCAGUGGCACCGAGACUAUGAGUCCUGCCAAAGCAGCAAUCAGCUCGCCGGUCAAGCUGGAGCCCAUGGUAGAGAUUCCAAAGAAAGUGAAAGCCAAGGAGAAGCCUAUCAAGGAACCAACUCCUCCCCCUCCUCCGUCCCCUCCUCCACCUCCUGUUGAAGAGCCACCUCGUCAGAAGGAAGCCCCCGUGGAGCCCUGGCGUACCCACAAUACAGUCGAGCAGUUGGUCAAGGAUUCUGAGGCUAGUGGAAGGUCCAUAAAGGACUUGUUUGUGGAACGGACUAAGCCUCUCCACGAGUUACUUGCUGAGAUGCACAAAUCCGGUGAGCUGGACCUCUACAAGAGUUCCCUUUUCAACCCUACCAAUCUCAGCCAGCGCACCGACAUGAAGUGUGUCGCAGACGACUAUGAUGUUCUCCAGUGUCCCACUGAAUUGAACGAGGAACACCGCAAAGCCCUGCUUCGUGGAGAACCAGUUCGACUUGGUGACGAGCGCCUGAAGAGCCGAUGCCUCAUCACACCUCGCGGCUGUGUGCUUCGCCACCUUGAGCCAGAGGAAGAGGAGCGGUACCUUGAGCUAGAGAAGAAUAUGGCUAUCACCUCUGAUCCCUUCAUUAUUGGAGAUGAUUCCAGCAACCCCAGUGGCGGUCUGGAAGCACUCUUCGCCAACCCAGAGAAGUUUAACAUCUGCUGGGUUGAAGACAUGCCCACCCGUCUCGGCGCGACAUCCCCGGCAUCUUCUCUCGGCGUGCCUGACUCUGUGAUUCCACCCAACGUGCUCUCUGCCAUGGAGGCUGACAGCACCCGCAACCACGACUGGGCCGUCGCCAACUCGGCAGAACUCCUCAAUACUACUCCCGCAGCGGUGCGCUCCUUCGCGGCGAUCACUGCUCAGCACAUGCUCAACAACCCAGGCAUGCUCGGUGCCAACCCGACCCUGGAUGAUGUUGCCGGGCUCACCAAUGAAGAGCUGAGGGACCUCUCUGGUCGUUCCCAGAAGGACCUGGAGCUGACUCGGAAGGAAUUGGACUCGCUGGACAAGAAGUUCGCAGCUCUGCUUCGACGUAACCGGAAGCUCCAGCUGCAGGCAUUGACAUUCGCUGCUGCGUCCGAGUUGUAA